CACGUCUGCAAGUCAGCGCGUACUCCUGCAAUACCUAUUUGUCUGCCUAUUCACUGCUGUAUUUAGACUCUACUGUACAUACUUCUCAAAUAUACACAUCUCUUGCCUAGCUUGACACCGUCCAUCACCCCACAUGGCGUCUUCGCCCUCGGCCUCGUUCUACGACCUGAGCGACGACGAAGAGGGCGAGUACAACACCAUCAGACACACGGCCAGCGGGAGGGGCGUCAAGCUGCUGUACACCAAGAGCAAGGUCUACGUGCACCCCUCGCCCUCGGCCAAAGACAACAUCGCCGGCUUCGUCGCCCUCGUCCAGCAAAAGUCGCCCCGCGCCUCCAACGAUGCCCGCCCGACCUCCUCCUCGUCUGCCCGCAGCGUCAGCGCCGCCUCGCUGCUCCUCGCCUGGAUCCCCGAGUCGGGUCUGGGAGACGCCUACGACACGUACGUCAAGGUCGACCUCUCCGACUCGUCCUCGCCGCCCACGCAGUCGUACCUCGUGCCCCCGCCGCCUUCCACCUCGGCCCACAUAAGCACACCCGGCUACGCCUUUGCCCUCCCCGUCAGCGAGAUAUACUCUGUCCUGGUGCGCCCGCCGAGCAUAGGAUGGUGGUUCGGCAGCCUGGUCGUCAACACGCGCGCCGGCGACAGCUUCCCCGCCCUGUUCUUCCACGACAGCGAAUGCCAGUCGACCAUCAUGCAGCGGAAGAAGCUGGCCAAGGAGAGCUUCGAUCCGUUUGGCGACGGCGGCGGCAUGUUCUGGGGUGGCGACGAGGUCUUGCGCUGGCUGAAGAGAUACGUCACCGUCGAGCGCUCUGGCGCUGAUCCAAGCAUAUACCUCAUCGACCCGUCUGAUGACGACAAGAAGUCGUUUGGUCGCGAGGCGCCCGGCGCGUCCAAGAAGAAGGACGGCGAUGCGUCUUCCUCGCAGACACCCGGCAAGAGGGACGGCGGCAUGGAUCCCGUCACAAAGGCGCUCAAGGAAGCGCGGUGGAAUUUUCUCGAGAAGCUCAGCCAGGUCACAACCUUCACCAGGAGGACCGCCCAGGCCGUCGCAGAGAACCCAAAACUCCCACCCCAGGUCCGCCGCCUGAUCCAGAACCCAGAAGUCCAGACCCUGCAAGACGAAUUCGACAGCGCGCGCAUAUACCUCGCAAGAUGGGCCAUGGGCAUUGCCGAACAGAGCGAGCGCGACCGCAACCAGCGCAUCUGGACGGCAAAAGACGUCCUGGCCAUGGAGGAGAGCGAUGUCGGCGACUUUGAGAUCCUGGAUAUGGACAAGAUGACCAUGGCUGAUCGCAGAAAACCGAUCACCCUGCAGGAAUGGAAGGGCUUCUUCGACGACUCAGGCAGAUUGGAACUGACGCCAGACGAGGUCAAGGAGCGCAUUUUCCACGGCGGUCUGGAUCCUGACGACGGCGUGCGGAAGGAAGCGUGGCUAUUCCUCCUGGGCGUCUACGACUGGGACAGCUCGGCGGACGAGCGACGCGUAAACCUCAACAGCCGUCGCGACGAGUACAUCCGGCUCAAAGGCGCAUGGUGGGAGCGCAUGGUCGAGGGCCAGCAAGACGAAGAGCAGGAGGAAUGGUGGCGAGAGCAGAAGAACAGGAUAGAGAAGGAUGUUCACCGCACAGAUCGCACUAUCCCCAUCUUCGAGGGAGAAGACAUCCCCCAUCCUGACCCCGACUCGCCGUUUGCUGAUGUCGGCACUAACGUCCAUCUCGAGCAGAUGAAGGACAUGCUUCUCACGUAUAACGAGUAUAACAAGGACCUGGGCUACGUGCAGGGCAUGAGCGAUUUACUCGCGCCUAUCUACGCCGUGAUGCAAGACGACGCAAUAGCAUUCUGGGGCUUCGUCGGGUUUAUGGAGAGAAUGGAGCGGAACUUCCUCCGCGACCAAUCCGGCAUGCGCCACCAGCUCACCACACUCGACCACCUCGUCCAACUCAUGGACCCCAAACUCUACCUGCACCUGCAAUCCGCCGAGUCAACCAACUUCUUCUUCUUCUUCCGCAUGCUGCUCGUGUGGUACAAGCGCGAAUUCGAGUGGCCCGACGUGCUGCGGCUGUGGGAGGCGCUGUGGACGGACUAUUUGAGCAGUAAUUUUCAUAUCUUUGUUGCGUUGGCGAUUUUGGAGAAACAUCGCGAUGUGGUGAUGACGCAUUUGAAGCAUUUUGAUGAGGUGCUUAAGUAUGUCAACGAGCUAUCAGGCACAAUGGACCUCGAAUCCACGCUUGUCCGCGCCGAAUCGCUGUUCCGCCGCUUCCACCGCACGGUCGAUAUGAUCGAUAAGAAAGGCAAUUUCCCCUCCGCGCCGCACGCCAGGCAGAGGAAGGUCGCUGCUGCUGUUGUUGCGGGACCCAGUCGCCCGGAUGCGAGUGCGCAGGCGAAAACGUCGGGGACGGAUGCGGCGAAGGAUGCGGACAGGGAUGAAGAUGCGAAGGUUGUGAGUGAGGAGUUGAGACGGCUUUUGGGGAGGGAGGUGGAGAGGGUGGAUAAGGCGGAUAAGGGGAAGGGGAAGUAGGUUUGGAUGGGAUGGGAUGGGAUGGGGUAUGGCGUUUUGGGUGCGCAUUUGGGCAGUCUUCUUGUUCUUGUUUGUGGGGGUUUUACACGUGGCUUAAGCUGUAUAUCUAUACUUUAUCAUACUUUUGUUCCGCUCUGCUCUCUGCUUGUAGCAAGAAUAUGUCAAGCUACC